AUGCCACCACCCUCGCACAACGCCAGCUCCUCCUCCGCCACGCCCCGCGCUCAGCCGUCUCUGCGCUCGGCUGCACUCCUCCGGCCCUGCCUGAGAACCCGGCUGCUCCGUCCCCGCGCUGUCUGGUCUCCCGGGUCCAGCUCCGCCUCACGCGCGCGCCCACAGUCGGCCUCGCCGGGCUCGCUGGCGUCCGCGCGCCUGAGUCGGCUGGCCGUUGCCGCGCUCGGCCUCCUCCCCGCUUGCCGGCUGCCGGCCUGCCGGCUUCGCCCACCACCCGGCCGGCCUGGCCGGCUGCCGGACCCCCACAUCGCCUCCCGCCACCCCCUUGCUCGCGUGCCAGCUCGGCCCCCCGCGGCCGGUGUGCCAGUUCGGCCGGCUGCUGUCGCGCCAGCCAGCCGGCCCCGCGCCUGCGGUCCACCUGGCCACCCUCGCGCCCUGCCUGUGGGCUCCUCGCUGGCCGCGCCCCGCGCUUCCGCGUCGGCUACCUCCAGCCGGCCUCGCGCCUCCGUGGCCGACUCCCCUGCGCGCCGGGUCGCCGCGGCCCCUCCGCUCCGCCCGCCUCGGCCCACGGUCGGCUGGGUCGCGCCCGUCGUGGGCUGCCUCCGCCCCGCCAAGCGGCCAGCCUUCCCCGCCUCUGGCUCCUCCACGCGGCUCCCCGCCCUGCCCCGUGUGCCAGCCCCCGGCCCACCGCGCCGCGUCGGCUGGCUCUGCCUCGGGCCACGGCCGGGUGCUCGGCGCCCACAGCCGGCUCCGCCCUCCGCCCGCGCGCCAGGCCGGCUCCGCCGGCUGCGGCCGCUCCAUGGCUCCACCUCCGCCUGCGCCGCUCCCGCACGUGGCCGCCGGCUCCAGCACCCGGCCCGUCGCUCUGCCUCCGGCCGCUCCCGACGCCCCAGUCAGCCCCUGUUGUCUGGGUUCCCACCCGGCUGCAAAGAAAGAAGAAUCCGAUAG